GUGUCACCCGGCCACCCGUUGGGAACGGGUGCCGGGCUCCGCCCAGCUAUAACAACUCCUUCUCAACCUCAUACUUGACUGAAGUCUUUAUUCCCUCCAUUUCCAGAGCCAUUGAAUGAGAUAAUUCAUCUUUGCUUGUUUGUGUAGCUGGCGUCACAAUGGAGUACCUACGAGUGUUGACUGUCGUUAUCAUUAUGCUCACACAUCUGAUUGUUCCUGGAAAAGCUCAGUUUACAGUACAGCCAUUGUCAGUGGAGAGAGCUGAGGGACUGGAGGCAGUGUUCAGGUGUCGGUAUCAAGCGGAGGGAUUCGAUGUGUCGUAUGAUUGGUUUAUAAACAAUUCCUUUGUUGGAGCAGAUUCAGACACUGUUAGAGUACGUCGACCUUCAUCUCCUGGUGGACCAACUACACUGAUAAUAUUGGCCACUCCACAGCACAACAACUCUAUUGUGUAUUGUGAGGCUAUAAUCAGAAAUGGUUCUGAUCGUACGUUUGAGAUUUCAUCCACAGCAUCUCUAGUUGUUCGUGAGACGGUCCUCACUCCCUUUAUUGUUGCACCAAACACCAUCACCGUGAUAUGGAAUGCUCUACCUCUCACUGAGUACUGUGUGGACAUCAACACGACAACUUUGGACUUCACUGAAACAGUGGCCCUUGAUUCUCUGUGUGGAUUCACUAAUGAGUACAUCUUCAUGUACUCUGAUAACAGUGUGUGUGCCAGAUUCACUGUGACUCCUACUGAUGGAGAGAUGAGGGGAACAACCAGUGAAUUAUGUACUGGGUUAUUUACGAGAGUAGAAGGUAGUGGAGAACAACACCGUAUUCUUGAAAAUAAAAGGAAUAAAUUAGUCAAGUUUAGGGCAACUGUUCCAAGUUGUACAAAGUUCACUCGGUAUCGUGUAGACUCUGACUUAUUGACUCCCUCCAUCAACCUUCCAAUCACGGACCCUCUUCUGUUUGAUGGCUCACUCAGUUUCUCCCUCCCCACUGACAAGAUGACAGAAUACAGUGUCACACUGACUGAUGAGAAUGGAAUAGACCUCGUGUUUGAGAACAUUCCAAUCAGUACAUUUGACAUUCAAAACCUGCUAGUGUCUGAAUGUGCUGGUGGUGGUGGUAUUUGUGUGAGCAUUGAGUAUGUUGAAGGUACUGUCUCUCCCGGAGCUCUCGUCUGUGUGAUACUUGUCGUUAAUGAAGUGCUUGACUUUGCUAACAUGAAACUGGUUACCAUCCCUCGGAAUUCUAUUGAGAAUUUCACCAUUCCUGUUUCUAGUGGAGAAUACCGAGUGAUUGCUUUUGAUCUGGAGAGCAACCAUUUACCAAACAUGCCCAUGUCUAUGGUAGCACUCAGUCAAGACAUUAUGACAGUGAACUCUGAUGGUGAAGACAUUACCAGUCCACCACCAAGAGAGGGCAUCAGUGCAACCAAUUUAACAAAUGGAGAGGUUGAAGUGACUUGCUGUGACCGGGAUUGUCUAGUCUUGUUCCAAUCCACCACCAUCUUGGACCGAGUACCUGUUGGUUUCAUCAACGCAUCUGAAGUAUCAAAUUCAAUUUCUGUGAAUGAUUCAACUGUCCUCUCUUUAAAUGACACUUUUGUGGUGGCGUACUCUUGGAAUAGUUUGGAGACCAUCUUUGAUGGGGAGGUAUCGCUCAUUAGACGACUUGACCAACUCAAUAGUACCUCUGCUCCCACUUGUCCAACAGCUGCUCCCACUAUACCUACAACGUCUGAUCCACAAACAGACCCACCUCCUCCUCGUAUGGAGUCUCUGCCAAUAUUACAAAAUGUAGUUAUCCCUGUUAUUAUUGUUGCGAUGGUUAUUAUCAUCACUUCGAUACUCAUCGUUCUUGUUGUUUUGUGUCUGGUGAAGAAAUAUAAACGAAGUGGCAAGGUGUUUUAUUCCAGUAACUCUGAAGGCGGCAGUGUGGAUGUGGGUGCCUCAAUAACAUCGCAAGUAGCAUUUUACAAUGUCGCCCGCCCUGAGAACAUGUCUCUGGAACGCAACACGGCUGACACUGACGAUACACCUCCACCAGGUUAUGAUGUCGUGCAUAAAGAGAACUUGCCAGGUCCUGAAUAUGAAACUGUACCAUCAGCUAAGGCAGGCAAACCUACACCCACCACCAGUGAGAACCCUCCACCCCUUCCCCCUUCCAUGAUACGAGGAGACAGUGAUGCACCUGAUCUACCACCCCCCUACAAUCCUGCCGUGGAUAACGAGAGUGUUGUUGUUAUGUCAGUGGAGAGCUCUAUCAGCCAGGGUGUGGAGAAUCAGUCAGUAGAUGAGGAAGUUAUUAAUGAGUCAUUGAAGACAGAUCUAUCGGUCAGCGACACAGAACAUGAUGGUACUACAGAAGAGGCCAUUAGUAGCUCUGAAGCUCAACCAGAUAUCAACCAUGUAGACACAGUACAAGGUGCAGAGAGUGGAGCUGGUAUCAAUGACCAUGGUGGACAAGAGGCAAUGAUCGCUGUGCAGGACGUGGGUGCCUCAAUAAUAUCUCCAGUAGCACUCUACGAUAUCGCCUGCCCUGAGCACAUGUCUCUGGACUGCAACACGGACGAUACACCUCCACCAGGUUAUGACGUCAUAUGUAAGGAAAACAUGCAAAGUCCUGAAUACGAAACUAUACCAUUAGCUAAGGCAGGCGAACCUACAUUCACCACUAGUGAGAACCUUCCCCCUCCCAUGAUACAAGGUUUGGACAACGAUGUGGUGCUUAUAGAGGAGACCACUAGCACUUCACAAGCAAAGAACGAGCGUACAGAGGAUGGAGGUGAUGAUGGACUUGAGGCAAUGAUUACUGCACAACACCAGUACACGCUGGUGGUUCCCAAGCCAGCCAGCAGUGAUGCCAAGGUGAAGGACUCAUCCAAAGUCAUCUACUCUGAGGUGGACAAGGACAAACUCAAACCAGUCGUCCCAACACCAGUUGCCAAAGCACAAGGGCAGUAUAUUCCGGUAGAGACCAAGCCAGCCAGCAGUGAUACCAAGGUGAUAGACUCGACCAAGGUCGUCUAUGUCGUGGUAGACAAGGACAAACUGAAACCAGUCGAUCUGAACGACCCACCAGCUAUUCCACCACGACGCCCUGUCACCAACACUGAGGAGCUGCACACAGAGAAGACACUAGCUCUUCCACCACGACAACGGCCCCCACCACCACCGCCCACCCACGAAACGCUCAUGGAUCUGCUACACAAUGUUGACAAUAAGUGGGAGGAUAUCGCCAAGGCACUGAAAAUUGACGAGGACAGAGUUGACAAAAUCUUCACAAACAAUGAAAAUGAUUAUCUGCGACUACACGAACUGUUGGAGUAUUACUUCAUGAACGUCCAUUUCAGUCACUCUUGGGAGGAGAUGGUGCGAGUGCUGACGGAGAUAGGGGAGCAUGAUGGUUUGGCUGGGAGAAUAAAAGCUGAGAAAAUACAAGGUGGCGAGGUGCUCCAUAAGUUGUCUUCAGUGGUAUAAGUGUUUGACUAGAAACGUUUGAGACAAUAAUCAUUUAUGUAUAAAUGCCAUUUUAAUCCCAUUCUUAAUUAAUAAUUAUAUAAUGUAUAAGCACCUUAUCAUUGUUUUUGUAAUUUACUGAACAUAGCGUGCACUUCUCUUGAUAACGCUACAUUGAUUUCUACAUUGAAAUUUUUGUUUUGUAUUGAAAACUGGAUAGUUUAUGCUCAUAAAUCGAUUCAAGUUGA